CGUAAAUGACAUGUCGGUUUCUGGACACGUAUUUGUGUAUGAGGAGGAGCUAAAUUAAUAAAUUUGAUUAAUUUUUCGUUUUUUUGUGUAUUUUAGUCCAUACAUGAAGGAUUAUUGAAUUAUUCAUAGUUCAUUCUUAUCGUGUGAUUUCGUGGCCCAGUAUAUCUUUAACUCAUUCAGGAUGGCGGUUGUGGAGCAGCCAUGCUAUACUCUUAUCAAUUUUCCAACUGAUUUAGAACCAUGCAAUGAGAUGCAACUUAAACUUGAUCUUGAGAAAGGUGAUACAAAAAAGAAAAUAGAAGCAUUAAAAAAGACAAUAGGAAUAAUACUUUCUGGGGAAAAGAUACCAGGUCUGCUCAUGAUCAUUAUUAGGUUCGUGUUGCCAUUGCAAGAUCACAUGAUCAAGAAGCUGCUACUUAUCUUUUGGGAGAUUGUACCAAAGACCUCACCUGAUGGAAAAUUAUUGCAGGAAAUGAUCCUUGUCUGUGAUGCCUAUAGAAAGGAUCUUCAACAUCCAAAUGAGUUCAUUCGCGGAUCUACUCUGCGUUUUCUGUGCAAGCUGAAAGAGCCUGAACUCCUUGAACCCCUAAUGCCAGCCAUACGGUCCUGUCUCGAGCACAGACAUUCGUAUGUCAGGAGGAAUGCUGUUCUUGCUAUUUUUACCAUAUAUAGGAACUUUGAAUUCCUAAUUCCUGAUGCACCGGAGCUGGUAGCAAACUUCCUGGAGACUGAGCAAGACAUGUCUUGCAAGCGUAAUGCCUUCCUCAUGCUGCUGCAUGCUGACCAAGAGCGUGCUUUGACAUAUUUGUCUUCUAGGCUCGAUAAUGUACACAGCUUUGGAGAUAUUCUUCAACUGGUCAUAGUCGAGUUAAUUUAUAAGGUCUGCCACACGAACCCGUCGGAGCGCUCCCGGUUCAUCCGCACCGUGUACGGGCUGCUCAACGCCAGCAGCGCCGCCGUCCGGUACGAGGCCGCCGGCACGCUCGUCACCCUCUCCAACGCGCCCGCCGCCAUCAAGGCGGCGGCGGCGUGCUACAUCGACCUCGUGGUGAAGGAGAGUGACAACAACGUGAAGCUGAUCGUCGUGGGGCGACUGGGAGCCCUGCGCGCCGAGGGCGGGGAGGGGGCCGCGCGCGCCCUGCCCGACCUGGCCAUGGACGUGCUGCGCGUGCUCGCCUCCUCCGACCUCGACGUCAGGAAGCACACGCUGCAGCUCGCGCUGGAGCUGGUGAGCGCGCGGCACGCGGAGGAGCUGGUGCAGGUGCUGCGCAAGGAGGCGGCGCGGGCGCACUCCGCCGACCACGACGACGCCGCCAAGUACCGCCAGCUGCUCGUGCGCGCCAUGCACAAGGCCGCGCUCAAGUUCCCGGAGGUGGCUGGCAGCGUGGCGCCGGCGCUGCUGGAGCUGCUGGGCGAGGGCAGCGAGGCGGCGGCGCACGACGUGCUGCUGUUCCUGCGCCACGCGCUGCACGCCUUCCCCGACCUCAGGGACCACAUCUACCAGAAACUGGUGGAGUCGGUGCGCAGCGUGCGCGUGGGCAGGCCGGCCCGCGCCGCGCUGUGGCUGCUCGCGCAGUUCGCCGACACGCCGGGCCGCGCGCGCGCCGCGCUGCACGUGCUCGCUGACGUCAUCGAGGGCGCCGCCGACACGCAGCAGCCGGAGAGCGGGCCGGCCGCGGCGCCGCGACGCCUCGUCACCAGCGACGGCACCUACGCCACACAGUCCGCCUUCAACCUGCCCGCGUCGGGUGCGGCGGAGGGCGGCGCGGCGGAGGGCGGUGCGAGACUGGGCGGCGCGCUGCUGGAGGGCGAGAGCUUCACGGCGGUGUGCGCGUGCUCGGCGCUGGCCAAGCUGGCCCUGAAGCUGCCGCGGCAGGAGGCGGCCCGCGCGCUGCACCUGGCCGCCGUCCUGCUGGCGCGCCACAAGCAGAACGCGGGGCAGCGCGGCGGGCUGACGGCGGACGACAUGGAGCACGCGGCGCUGUGCGUGCAGGCGGGGCUGGCGGGCGCGGGGCUGGGGGGCGGGGCGGGCGGCGCGGACGUGCGGCGCGCGCUGCUGGACGCGUCGGACGCGGCGCUGGCGGCGCUGCUGGCGCUCCCGGACCGCGAGCCGCACCUGCUGGAGGACGUCGACAAGGAGCGUGAACCGAAACGGCAGGAGCAGAAGGUGGAGAUCGAGACGGGCAUCACGUUCUCGCAGCUGGCCGGCGCCGGCGCCUCCGGCUCGCAGCACGACAUGUUCGAGCUGGCGCUCAACAAGGCGCUGCAAGGUCGCAGCGGUGGCGAGGCAAUCGACCGCGGCAAGUUGUGCCGCGUGCGUCAGUUGACGGGAUGCUCCGAUCCCGUGUAUGCCGAGGCCAUCGUCUCCGUCAACCAGUACGACAUCGUGCUGGACGUGCUGCUCGUCAACCAGACCGACGACACGCUGCAGAACUGCUGCGUGGAGCUGGCCACGCUGGGCGAGCUGCGCCUGGUGGAGCGCGCGGCCGAGGUGGUGCUGGCGCCGCGGGACUUCGCCUCGCUGCGGGCGCACGUCAAGGUCGCCUCCACGGAGAACGGCGUCAUCUUCGGGAACGUGGUAUACGAAGUGACGGGAGCGUCCAUGGACCGCGGCGUGGUCGUGCUGAAUGACAUCCACAUUGACAUUGUCGACUUCAUCCAGCCGGCGCACUGCAGCGACGCCGACUUCAGGCAAAUGUGGGCUGAAUUCGAAUGGGAGAACAAGGUCUCCGUGAACACCAACAUGACGGACUUGCAUGAGUACCUGCAGCACCUCCUUGCCUCCACCAACAUGAAGUGCCUGACCCCCGAGAAGGCGCUGUCAGGGCAGUGCGGGUUCAUGGCGGCCAACCUAUACGCGCGGUCCAUCUUCGGCGAGGACGCGCUCGCCAAUCUCAGCAUCGAGCGGCCGCUGCAUAAACCCGGCGCGCCCGUGCUCGGACACGUGCGCAUCCGGGCCAAGACACAGGGCAUGGCGCUGAGUCUGGGCGACAAGAUCAACAUGAUGCAGAAGGCUUCCCACCAGAAGCCCGCGGACCCCACGCCGGCCGCCUGAGCGCCGCUGAUGUGACCACCGCCGACGUCCUACCUUACUUUCGUUAUUAUAAAAAUUAUAAACAUUAUCUUUA